AUGGAGACCAAUAAUUCGGCCGCACCGGCGAACACGAACGGGCAACUUACCUCUCCGCAAUUGCACUCGGACUCAUCCUCGUUCCCAACCCCAGGAAAGCGAAAACGCGUCCUCAGUCCCAACCAAGAAUCUCCGAAAGGGGACGGUAUAUCAGACCCAACUGUCACCUCGAGAAGGGAGUUGCUUGAUCAAACGUUGAAAGAUCUUCUACGGGUUCUAGAAAAAUAUGAUUCAGAUCUUGGUAUUCUGAAAAUUCCCCUUCCCCUCAAUUAUGCGGUCGAACCAGAUCCUAAACGCGCGAAACUAUCAAAUGCUACCAACAAUUCACAAACAAUAGAGUGCAAAAUUGAGGAGGGUCAAUACAAGUCUAUUCAAGAAGUAAUUGAUGAUGUUGAGACCGCGUCCGGUUUAGUUAUCGAACGACGUCGUGAGUCAGAAGCCAAUGCAAACAAAUCAGAUCACUCUCGAUCUUCGACGGAAUUAGUCAACCUUUCACGCAUAUUUAGAAAGCAUUUGGACAACUUUAUCCUCCGGAGCCCUUUACAAGGUACUGCCCUUGUAAAGGCUGAGUCUCAGGAGCUUCAGAAGACCGAGCCCCGCAACAGGGAUAAUAGUAGAAGGGCGUACGAUCGGGAGGACAAAAUGCCUGACUCUCGCGACCAAGGUAAGCCACCUGGCGCGGGGGUACGGGCUACAAUAAAUGAAGCAGCAGCGUUGCCAAACGGCAUUACUAUAUCCAAAGUCAUCCCUUUCAAUGUCAAAAUCGCGGAAUCGGAUAAAGCGAAAGCCAGGACCAUAGCAGACGUAUUUCCAGCUCGCCCCACCCUUCCUCAGUUACAACCCCCGCUCAAACCUCGGUCAUCAAAGAAUUCGACCAUCACUUGGCUUGACCCAUAUGAACUUACCAUAGCCGCAAAUUACUCGCCAAAUGAAAAAAGAGGGUACAGUUAUUUAUCUCUUCCUUCAGGAGAUUGGCUACAUUACGGAUAUGAGCCUUCCCUUCGCCCGGGAAAUCGAAGACCAAAGAGCGAUACAAAUAUCGGGAGGAAUCUUUCAAAACCUUUCCAACACUCCCUUGACGACGGCAACGCAAAAUUUCGCGGCCUUUAUUCAUCAUUCGCACCUUCGUUUGAUAGCUCUGGGGCGGUUGUACCUGAGGACGCGAAAGAGCAAAUUUGGUGGGAUAAACAUGGCCAAUAUCGUUUACACGCAUUAUUGUCGGUUGGAAAUGAUAUGACAGCCGAAGAGACAGACAGCAAGACCACAAACUUACAAAUCGAACCAUUAGACGAAUCAAGUCUCGAAGAAGCUGUGAAGUCAUUUGAUCCAGAGGACGACAACGUGUUAAUCGAGCCACAGAAAAGCGCUGAUGGAGGAAACGAUGAUAAAGAUUUGGAAGAAGUACUCGAAAAUAUCUCGGAUCUUUUACGCACAUUGAACUCGUAUCGCCAUAUACGAAACCUCGGGCAGACACAUCCCGUUCCGUCUGGGAUACAGAACGACGCAGUCGCCACACCGUCAGAUGCGUCAUCGCCCUCAGCUACGGAAGUUACCGUCUAUGAAACUCUCAAGUCAAGUUUAAUUGCAAUGAUAGCCACGUUACCUCCAUAUGCCGUAUCUAAACUGGAUGGAGACCAAUUAGCGGAAUUAAACGUCAGCAAGAAAAUACUUCUGGAGAGCGCUGACUAUCCUGGCAUGAUGGAGGAAGAUGACUACUCUAUGCAGCAGAAACAAAUACCCAGAGCUUCCCAGAUGCCGAAUGUAGCCCGCCCUCCCUCUGCGUCAAACAUGAACCCGUCGCGGCCAUCGCCAUACCAGACACCUCCAACAGCACCCAAUGCUUCAUUGGCCCGGGGAUAUCCAUCCAAUUCUCGAACAAAGACUCCAAUGGGCCAUUCUUCCCACCAAGCCUAUGGGACCAGACAGCCGUCGUCAUCUAUCCACUAUGCCCCAAGUAAUUCUCCUCAGCCAUAUAAUCAGCCUCGACAGCCAUCAGGUCAACGGCCGGGGUACACGCAACCUCAAUUCUCACAACCUGCAGCUCCCCAGUAUAAUCAAGGUAACAACAUCCUUCAGCAAUUCCAGCGGCCAACCCAGGUCGGAAUCGGACCAUACCCUUCCCAGCGCAUGCCUUCCCCUGCGCAGGCACCAACUCAACCCUAUCCCCACCGAGCAAGCCAGCCGCCUUAUCAACAACGACCACAGGAUAGCCCAUAUGGUUCACCUGCUUCUGUCCCGCACACUGCAUCUCCCCAGAGACACUCUAGCUUUGGUGCGUCUCCACAACGGCACCCUUACAUGAAUUCUACUCCGACUAAUCCUCAACCGAGAUACUUCCAACAACAAACCCCACAACCACCACACUUUCCAACAUUCGGUGCUUCCCAAGCCAGCCCGGCGCCAACAGGAUAUUCCAACAGCGCUGCGGCAAUGACUUAUUCCCGGAGCGCAGCUGAACAAGCAGCGCUUAUGGAUCGCAACAAAGCACAGCUAGCCGAGCAUCAACGCCAAAAAUCCAGCACUCCACAGCCAGGGUUGAACCCCCAAUUCAGUGGCCAAGGAAACCUUCCACCAGGUAAUCGACAGAAUGGUGCGCCAGUGGGGUCUGCGGCAGGCACGACACAAUAA